GAUGUUGUUUUGUUGUUAGCCCGAACUCCAAACGAGUCGAAUCGAAUCGAGCCGAACCGACGACGGCAAGCAACAACCGGAUCGAACGAUUACCAUCGUCGUGUGCAGCAGUACAGUUCAAUCGCGUUCGUCAUACCGUGCAGACGCACACAUUCCAUUGUGGGUUUGUCCGUCGGAACGUCGUCGUCGUCGUCGCGGGUCGCGGAUUGCCUCUCGAUGCUCGUGUGUUGUUGUGUAUUAUAAGUCUGGAAUUUAACUCUUCUCCUCAUCGACGACGGCCGUUGUUGUCGCGUCAUCGUUUUGCCUGUGUUUUGUACUGUGGCUGUUCUCUCGUUUGAUGUCGUAGUCGCUGACCGUUUUUUAUCGCCAUUCCAGUGAAGAAAGCAAAAAAGGAGUUUCAAAUUUCGAAGUUACAUCGACGAUCCGGAUCGGAAGUGCGCAAAGUGUAUAAACGACGAAGAAGUCAGUAGUGCAGUUUGGGGGCUUACGAAAUGUGUUACUCGGUGUCCAAUUGUUGCUGAAGAAAAACGGUGUUUUCCAGUGUUCCUGAAUUGCCAGCGAGAAAACCAGUCACGAUAGAGGUAGUGGUUGUGUGUGACAUAUUUUUUCUCACUUCUCCUGUUCGUUCGGUUUCGGUUCUCCGCAACAACUUGCUUGGCACUGUUGAGUGGCCUGGCUGUUGACUUUUUGUUGUUGGUUCUCUUGUUUUUCUUUUCUCUUGUGGUGCGUUUCGUUUCGGUUUGUUGUGUGUGCUGCAUUCCAGUCAGAAAAACUGCCAGCAUGUAUUUAACCCUCUACCUUUGCAAGUGGCCGUACCUUGGCGCGAGGUGGUAAUCACGCGACGGCAGGAAGUAAGGAAGAAAACGGCAGUCCGAUUUCAGAGUUUUCGUAUGCCGAGUGCUUGUGCCGUGGCCCUUGUUUUGUUAUGUAUUUGUGUGGCUCGCGAGUGGAGCCCACCACGACUAGCCAUGUGUGAAGGCCAGAAGGGCCCCGAAGAAGAAGCAACACCAAUCGACCCAGUCCGGUGUGAACGGUGGGGAAAUUGAGCCAAACCAAAACAUAAUAAGCCACCGGGACCGACCGUCUAGCAACGGAUACUGGUCACUAGGGAGUGUUAUAUUACUCAGCGUCUACAGAUUGUUAAAAUUUAGUUAAGCGCGACACCGUCGCUGCUGACUCCUGAAAAAGAAAAUUGUUUAAAUGAGUGCAAAUUGAUUCCCCCAACUUCUAAAUGCAGACUACGGCAAUUGAGGGAGCCAGAAGUUAAUCGUUAAACACUCAACAGAAGACUGGAGAUUGCAGUCCCAUUUGAAUGAGAAACCAGAAGCACGCAUAAGCCGAUUAUAGUAAGCGUCGGUGCGGCUCAGUGAGCAGAUUUGAAGACAGAACGAGCAACCAGCAGCCAGCCAACCUCCGUCAUCAUCCGACGAGCUAAUAUUAUGACAGCGACGAGAAGGUGGCAUCCUCGUGGUGGCAGCAACAGCAGCAGCAUCAGCGAAAGCCGACGAACGGCACCGGUCCGAAGAUACCGAUGGUAUUGGUGUGCCGCUUAACUUUCAAGUGACAAAGUUGUAAGGAAAAUCCUUCAAGCCCCAGGGCCCUGAAUCAGCAGCCGGGGCGGCGAGUGUGGGACGUGGGUGUGAGUGAGUGUGUGGUGGGGUGGGAAGAAAACAGGCUCCUCAACCAAGGCCGGCAGUUCCGGACGGGGGGUGGGCUGUUGGUAGCAGUACCCCAACCCAACCCGGGUGGUCCCAGCACAGGGCACAGGAAGGCCACGGCAGGGCGGCGGCACGGUGAAACAUGGAAUUGAAAGUAUGGGUCGAAGGAAUACAGCGCAUUGUUUGCGGAGUGACGGAAGUCACCACUUGUCAGGACGUGGUAUUUGCCCUCGCACAUGCCACCGGGAAAACCGGAAGAUUCACCCUCAUCGAGCGAUGGCGCAACAACGAAAGGCUGCUGGCACCCCACGAGAACCCGCUGAAAAUCCUCAUGAAGUGGGGCGAAUAUUCCAGUGAUGUGCAGUUCAUACUGCAACGAUCGGAGCAGAAGAAGCCCGAUCAAAGCCAGCAGAACAAUACCAACAAUAGUAAUAGCAAUAGCAAUAGUAGUAGCAACGUCCCCGCUCAGAACCAGCAGAAUACUCAUCACCAGCAGCAGCAACAGCAGCAGCCUCAGCAACAGCAACAACCCCAACACCCCCAGUCGCAGCAGCAGAUCCUUCGGCAGCAGCAAAAGUUGAACCAGUUGAAUGGUAACAACCACAUAGUGAGCGGUAGCGGCGGGUUGGACGACCCCAAGAGCAAGUUGGUUCAGAACAACCUGAAGAACAGUGCCGGCAACGCAGGAAAUGACCCCUACGGGAAGCAGUUCGGCCAGCAGCAACACCAACAGCAGCAGCAGCAGCAGCAACAUCAUCACCAUUUACAGCAGUCGGAAUUGAUCAGUAAUUGUUUGCCGCCGUCAUCGCUGCUGGAGCGAGGAAAGGAAACGAGGAAGAGCCUCAACUCAGGGACGUCUCCUAGCCUAAAGAACUCCGUCAACAAUAACAACAACACCAUCAUCAAAAGCUUCAGCAACAGCAAUAUCCACCACAAUAAUAACAACAACAACACCAUCACCACCACCGGUAACAUCAAGGUCGAGAACAUCGGCAUAGUGAAGGGGAUUCCACAGCAGAAGUCACCCCACAACAGCACCAGCUCGACCGGUAGCAAUAGUAGCAGUAGUAGCACCGGUAGCAGUAGCACCGGCGGAGGCAUAAGCGCCCUCAGUAUUAGCAAUAAUCACCAGAACAACAACGUGGAAGCAACCUAUGCCAGUGUAAUCAAGAAACCCAAGGGUCACCAUCCGACGACCGGACCUGGAAGCAACGCCAUCGUCGGCGAAUUCAACGCAGCAGAUCUUCGAAAUUCUUUGGAUCGAAAGCUAAAUGGGCUACUGUACAGCAACGGGAUUAACACCGGGGGUCACCACCACCAUCAGCAGCAGCAGCAGAAUCAUCAUUCUCACCAAGGCGGGGGUGGUACUGCCAUCGUGGGAGCCACCCUGAAGGACUCCACUUCUCGAUUCGGAGGUCUCCCUAGCAGCAAUGCGCAUCACUUGAGCAGCAACGAUAGCUUACUGCUGGACAGCAGUAGCAUUAGCAGUGUUAGCAGCAAUAGCAAUCACAAUCUUCUAAUCGGGAACGGGGGUGGCAGCAGCAACAGCAACAAUAAUUCUCCCAUCACUGGAAUCUCAUCAAAUGGUGCCCUGGUCCCACCGCCAUACCGGGAUCCACCCCCGCCAAGAAAUUCCCCGCUGUCGCACAAGCUAGACAGUCUGAACGGCAGCAAUCCGAAUGCCAGCUUCAGCAGCAACGGCAGCGGUAAUAGCCAAACCCUCAACAAUCUCAAUAUCAACAGGAAACUCGAGAAGGAUAGUAUCAACAUGAAUCUGGCGCUGAACGCUGCUGCGGUGGCGGCGGCGGCUGCCGUGGGGAACACCAGUGCCACUGCCGGCCACGCGGCUCCUGGGGUUCUUGUUGGGGGCAGCAGCGGUGGCGGUAGUAUCGGAAGUGGGAGCAACAGCAGCAGCAGUGCCAGCAAUGCCAACGAGUUGCUUCUGCUAAACGAGUUGAAUCUGAACGACGUCGGCCCGUUGCAGAACACGACGCAGUACAGGGAUCUAAUACAGCUUAUCAAGUACCAGCGGGAGAAAAUCAAUACCCAGCAAGCGGAUCUGUCGAAGUACGACUCGGAGAUCCAGUACCUGGAGAGCAAGGGGCGCGAGCAGCAGGACAAGCUCGACGCCCUCACCCAGGAGAUCAACAAGACAGAUCAAAUCUAUCGGCAGGGCAGCGAGCAACUGCAAACGCUCCAGUACGUCGAAGAAGAGGGCGAGCUCGUGCGGCAGCAGGAGAAGACCCUCAAGUCGGAGAUCACCCUGCUGCGCUCGAAGCUGGCCAACUGCGAGACGGAACUGCUGCAGUGCAAAAACAAGAUCCGCCUGCUGAUGGACGAGAUCCAGGUCGAGCAGCGCAAGUAUUGCCGACAGUAUGACACUAAUCGUGCACAGUUAGAACGCCAUCUAAUGUCUGAAGUUGACAGGAUUCAGCUGGAGAUCGAUCUGGCCAUCCAGAGCACGGACCACGCGAGCAAGGCAACCGAUAAGCUCAAGAGCGAGGUCGCUGGGAUCGAGAGCAACAUUGCGGAGAAGAAGAAACAGGUAGAGCAGCUGGUCCACGAGAUGAAGGAGGUCAACCUGCAGAGCCUGGCGGUGGCGCCGGCCGACGAGGUGCGACAUCUGCUGGAAGUUGGCUCAGUCAAACCCGGCAGCACCCGAAGGAUGAUCGGAUCGCCGAGACAGCUGGAGAAUGCGGUGCCUACCAGUAAGAACCCCCACGGAGUAUGGGUCUAACGAGCGACUAAAACACCACUACUACUUCUACUACUGCGUCUGCUAGUAGUACGAGUCAGCCUGUAGUGGUAUGCAAUAAGUUAAUCAACCAAUUGUGAUAUUGUUGUAUAAGAAAAUACAAAAGUGCAAGCUGUAAGGAAGAAUUUCAAAAAAAAUAAUAAGGAAUUGCUAUUAUCGGGCUUUAAAGCUAUUAGGGGAAAACAUAGAUACAUAUACUUAAACAUAUGCAAAAACACACACACACUCACUCACAUACGAACCUUCAUCAAAAAGGCCUCAUUUUCUACUUAAAAACAGAAAGCGAUUUAUUUUUAUACAUGCGUAGGCACUACUUACUGUUAGAGACUGUUACAAACUACAUUACUUACAGAUUUUACUAUUUCUACUUAAAACCUUCUGUAUAACUUCACGUACUGUUUUUGGUACAACUGAGUUCUCAACUGUGACGGGAGAGAUUCUGCUGCAACAGCACUCACACACACAUGAACACACGCGCGCAUGUUUAGAUUUACGGUUCAAAAUUCCGAUUUCAAUGGGUCCAAUCAUACCGCGGAAAGUAACAUUUUGCGCUUGGCGCAGAACUUUUGAUCAAAUCAAGUUUUUUAUUCCAAUUUGCAUACUGAAAAGACAAAAAAACAUUCCAACUUUUUCGUUUUGGCGAAGUAAAAUUGAGGGAACGCAAAAAUAAACGAUUAUUUUUUACACCAUUUUACACCACAAUGCAAUAAAAGGACUCACAAAUACAAGAAAUGCGAUUGUUUAACGAACAUCGUUGUUGAUAUUUUCAGUAGGGAACGC